CGCAGGCGGCUGGCGCUCUGCUCGGCUGCUGCGCUCCAGCCGAAACGCCGCAGUCUCCGCCAGCACCCCUGGCUCCCCUCGGAGCGCGUGGGGCAGGAUGAGCCGCCUGCUCCGGGCUGCCGGCAGCCUGCUGCUGCCCCGGGAAGCCGGGCUGUGCUCUCGCAAGCCGGCUGCUUUUGCUGCCGGCUCUCCCGGCGCGUCCGCGGGGCUGCUCCGGCACCCGGGGCGCGGGGCCCCUUGCCGCUGGGGCUCGCAGUUCAACGUGCCCCCCAGUGCCCAGUCCGUGGCUCGGCCCGUGGGGGUCUGCUCCAUGAUGAAACUGCCCGUUCAGGCAUCGGCGGAGGGGCUGGACGCAGCUUUUGUCGGUGUCCCUCUAGACACGGGCACAUCCAACCGGCCGGGAGCCAGGUUCGGCCCGCGCCACAUCCGGGCCGAGUCGGCGAUGCUGAGGAGGUACAACGCCAGCACCGGGGCAGCGCCUUUCGACUCCCUGCGGGUGGCUGACGUUGGGGAUGUGAACGUGAACCUCUACAACCUGCCCGACAGCUGCCGCCUCAUCCGAGAGUCCUACCAGGAGAUAGUGGCCUCCGGCUGCGUGCCCCUCACCUUGGGUGGAGAUCACACCAUAACAUACCCCAUCCUGCAGGCCGUGGCAGAAAAGCACGGACCCGUGGGACUGGUGCACGUGGAUGCUCACACCGACACGGGUGACAGAGCCCUGGGGGAGAAGAUCUACCACGGGACCCCGUUCCGGCGCUGCGUGGAGGAAGGGCUGCUGGACUGCAGCCGCGUGGUCCAGAUCGGCAUCCGAGGCUCCUCUUACGACCCCGAUCCCUACAAGUACUGCCAGGACCAGGGCUUCCGGGUGGUCCCGGCUGAAGAGUGCUGGAGGAAUUCCCUGGUGCCGCUGAUGCGGGAGGUGAGGGAGCAGAUGGGGGACAGGCCGGUGUACGUCAGUUUCGAUAUCGAUGGACUAGACCCCGCGUACGCGCCGGGCACCGGGACGCCGGAGAUAGCCGGGCUCACGCCUGCGCAGGCUUUGGAGAUUAUUCGUGGCUGCAAAGGCCUGAGCAUAGUGGGAUGUGACCUUGUAGAAGUUGCACCGAUGUACGAUGUCUCCGGUAACACGGCGCUCCUGGGGGCAAACCUGCUGUUCGAGAUGCUGUGCGUCCUCCCCGGAGUGCAGACGAUGUGAGGGCAGCUCCCGCCUGCCCCGGGGCAGCGCCGCUCUGGCCGCGGCUGAGCCUCUCCCUGUCCCGUUCCCCUCGACCAGUUGCAGCGAACGUGGGACUUGCAGUAAGGACUGGAUGUCAUUUACCACUAGACAAAAUAAUGUUAAGCUGAUAAACUGUAGGUGGCAGAUGGGUUUGAACAGCCCGUUUAACUGGUGGCUGUAGCUUUGGGGUUUGCCUGGGAAAGGAAAAGAUGAGGCUAAUGGGGCUUCGCCUUUGCUUUCACAGCUGCAAUUACUCAUCUGGCUUAUAGGGAUUCGUGGCAAAACUGGCACUGGUAGGAGGUUCCUCCUGUUAAGAUGCAGCAGCAGGGUGAUAAAUGUAAAGGGAGGGCAGCCGAAAGUGGCCUGGGGCUUGGUCGGAGAGUAGGGGGAUAUUUGACUGAAUUUUCUGCUGGAGGUAACUGGGCAUCGCCUGUGGCAGGAGCGGUUUCAUUGCUCCCGGAACGUCGGAGCUGCCGCGGAGGUGAGGUUCACUUGUACACGGAAACACAGAGCCACCUCAUCACACAUUAAAAUAUUUUAUUUUGGUUGCGAUUCUGUAAUCGUCUUAAAACAAAAUGACAUCAGUGCCUGUUCACAAAUACAAAACAAAACAAAACUAAAAAAGACAAGUUUGCCAAAUAAGUUAAUUCCCUCCCCCCCCCCCCCCCCCCCAGUAUCAAAAGUGCAAAAUAUGUACCUAGUUUUCAGUCCUACUUCUCAGCCUGCGUUAGUGUACUCGUUCCCGGCAGGCUUUCGGUGAAUGGCAGAGGGGAGGCGGGCAGCCACUGCCCCCACGCUCGCUCCAUGGAGGAGUUUUGGUACAACCUUUAGUCUGGGGGGGCUGUAUCCCUUCGCUUCAGCUUCCAAGCGGUGUGCGAUCGCUCAGAAUCGACUCGAGUAGUGCACUAGGACUGAAUUGCCUCAAUCUUUGGAUUACGAACCACCACGUGCAUAACAGACUCGCGAGUGUGUUUCGCUGAUGAUACGUUAUGAGAUGGGUCGAGCGGCGCUGGGGGUUGGAAAAUGAUCAGGGGGUGACGGCUCGCGACUGCUGGGAGAGGGCAGACAGACCUGGGGCCCAAGCAGCCUCCGCCCGGGCUGUUCUACAAGCAAGCAGCCAGUGCUCCACCAUGGACGCUAAAGCGAACUAAACGAGGGGUUUAGAAGAGUUUGGCGUUUGCUUCAGCCCGCGAAAGAAGUUUUUUCCAGAAAAUGGCGACACAAGCUGAGUUAGUCUGACCUGGAUAAAAGCAGCGAAGGGCAGAGUUACAGCUGAGCGGGAGCUGAGCUCCCGUCCGGCCGCAGCCGGCAAGGGUGGAGUGCUGCAAGCACUCCUGAAACAAAGCUCGGUCUAGAAGGGGAGGUUACCCGUGCUAAAAAGAAAAUUUAAAAAAGGAUUCCAGCAGGUGUGCAGCACAGGAACUGUAUUUUAAAGGCCAUAAAGCCUUUUCUUCGUAUUUGGGGCAAGGCUGAAUUCCCUCGCUGUAGCACAACUAGGCACUUUUUUUAAUGUGUCAAGGGUUUUCUCCUGGUUUCUGACUAGCUGAAGAGGCAGCAGAGACCCAGAGAGUAUUUUUUUUCCCUUUUGCAAAUGUUUAAAAAUUUAUGCAGCGCCUUCCACUGGGCUAGAACUUAUUCUAGCCAGGUCCUGCGUGGCAAGCUGUGGGAAAAGCACAAGAGCGCUACGGCGAUUGCUCCAGCCAAAUGAGAAUAAAGUCUAGCAGCAUCAGGCCAGAGUUUCGUUUCCCCUCCCGCUCUAUUUCAGCAGUACGUGUGCCUCGGAGCUCUCCGGCAGGGAGAAGACCUCGCCUUCCUUCCUUCCCUCCAUUUCAGUGCCUCGCUCAUGCAGCAGCACAAGCUGCGGCCCAGAGUCCGCUGAGCUAAAAUUAAGUAACCUCACAUGGGGUCAGUUGGUAUCAUCGCAGCCUUUAUUUGGAAGUACAUUAUACAGGGUGUUUGGGAUACCUGUGGUGGUCGAAGCACACCAGUCUGCUCCCUGGGUGGGGAGGAGUGCAGCAAGCCAAGGGUCUGUCAGCAGCUAGGUCAUGUAGGCAGUGAAAUGACUUGAGCAUUCCCGGAUUUCGUAUGGGAUCGGCAGCUAGCUCGGAGAUUGGCAGUUACUCCUCCUAACUGGCUGCUCGGCUGAGAUGGGAACUAAGGCAGCAGGGGCUGAGUGAGCUGUUUAAUUCCCACCACGUGCUCGGCCCAGUGCUCUGCCGUCAGGUUCAGAGCCCCACGGCAACGGCUGCCCCGCUCAGCCCCGUGCCCUGGCGGGGGCUCGGCCCCGGGGCAGAGCGGCUGGAGGGGGCGCAGCCGGGACCAGCCGGGUGGCAGCGGCUGCCCCCGAGCAGCAAAAAGGAAGAACAAGCCCCACAGGAUUUCAGUCCUGGACACGAAGAGAAACCUCGUUGCUUUGCUUUAUCGCUGGAGGAGUGGAGAGCAGCCGUGAGUCUGCUGCUCGCCCUUCCCUCCGCCUUAGAGGGCUGCCCUUUCCCCGGCAGUGCUGAAAGUGGCUCUUAGGAUCAAGACAGCUACAGCAAAGCGUAAGCCACACCCUGUGCUUCACACCGACCUGUGAGUUCAAAAAGACAACAAACCCCCAACGCAAACAAACAAAAACCCAAGGCCUGCGUGUUGAGAAACAAAAGUUUGUGGCAAGAAGGAAACAGGUGAGAGGCUGAACCCAAGCAUCUUAAACCCAUGCCUAAACCAAAAGGAGUUUCGCACUAAGCGAUGGUCUGAUGAUACAGCACUUCUGGGACAACGUUUCAAGAGUACAAUCAUUGAAGAAUUAGGUUCCUUGAUACAAAGAAAGGUUGGCUUGUACUACAGAUGUAAGGGUGUGUGAAAGGAGCCCGGACCGACUCCCUAGCAGCUAGGUAGAGUUUCUGUUACACAACUACUGGCUCAGAGCAGCUCACGCCUACAAUCUGAGGACACAAAGUUAUGGCUCUAGGAUACAUCAUCUAAAAU